CCAACGCAACGCUAACGAAGUGCAAAAAAAAAUCUAAAAUUAGUGUAUAAAAACGAAAAUCGCGUAUAUUUCUAAAUCGUUUUUGCCGUAUAGUAUGUAUAGAACGCAAGCUCAUCUAAGUACUGCGUGUGUGCGGUAAACACACAUCAAUAAGAGUGCGUUUUUGCGUCCCUUUCACCACCCUUCUCUCCUGCUUCCUCUUCUAUAACUGUGUCAAAUCAGCAACAACAAUAAAAUAUAGAACAGUUCUAGAGCUGAAGCGCGCGUGUGUAUGUGUGCGUGUGUGUGAAAUGCACAAAUUGAUAAGCAAUUUGAUUUAAUUUAAUCAGAUGAAAAUCAGCGGAAGCCAAACACAGUUAAAAAUAAAAAAUUACUAAUCCAUAUAAAUAGAAUACCCUUGAGUGAUUUUGUUAGUCCCAUACAAUUAAUUCAGCACAUAUUUUGGUUCCGCAUUUUUGAAAAUAUAACGAAGUUCUGCCCAACAAGAGCAGCCACAAAAAGCGGUUUUGUUUGUUUUUCAAGCUCAACGAAAAAAAGAAAAAAAGAAAUUCGCUCUCAAUCAGCUGUUGUAUAGCAGCCGCCUAAGUGCGAGUGAAACAGCUGUCUGCGCGCCAAAAUAAAACAACAACACCAAAAGUGGCACAGUGGUUCAAAACCUUGCUAAAGUUAAUAAUCAAUUUAUUUUUGUAGCAAACAAUAUAAAAUAAAGGAAAUUAAGCGAAUUAUACAAAGAUUUGUUAAGUUUUUUAAAUUGUUUACUUUUAAUACGCGUGUGUCCAGAUAAGUGAAGUAUUUAGAAUAAAGUGAAAAAUGAGUGAUGAAACGAGCGAUUCGGGCGGGGCAAGUGCUCCUCUUCCAUCGCCAGUUACUGCGGACCCGGAACAGGGAGCCACUGCCUCCAAAUUACCGGGUCCCAUCAGAUCCAAUAUUCCCACGCCCGCUGCUUCUGCCACUGGAAUCCCGCAGCCCAGCAAAAUGAAGGCACCAUCUAGUUUUGGAUCGACGGGUUCCGUUUCCAAAAUCGGAAGACCGUGUUGUAAUCACACUACUCCCAAAUCCGGUCCACCACCAAGAGAAACCGCCAGCAUGAGUCGUGAAAGCGAUGACAAUUUAAGUUCGAUCAAUUCGGCUUAUACAGAUCUCUAUCAAGAGACUGUCAUGCGCUUUACGCGAUCUUCACUCUCACCCACAUCCGACUGGGAUCGCUUUUCGCCCGCUCGACGCUCGCAAAAAUCGGAGGCUGGAAGUCGCUCAUCUUAUGAUUAUUAUCUAGAAGCCACUGGGCGGCGUCGCAGCUCAGAUCACAACAGCGCCGUGCUGACAGCAAACACAGAGCAGUUCAUCAUUGGCCAGCGGGUUUGGCUGGGUGGCCUUCGCCCCGGACAGAUUGCCUACAUUGGAGAGACACACUUUGCACCCGGCGAAUGGGCGGGUGUUGUUCUGGACGAACCUAAUGGUAAAAACGAUGGCUGUGUGUCGGGCAAAAGGUACUUUCAGUGCGAGCCGAAACGAGGCAUUUUCUCACGCCUCACUCGUCUUACCACAUAUCCCAUGUCCGGAGCCCAGACGCCGACCUCUCCAUUGGCCAAAAACUCCCCGGACAGAUCGCGCACGGUUUCCCCUACUGCGAGUGUUCGCAGCUCGAUGCUUCGCAGUCCCGGCAUUGGAGGCAAAAAUGGAAUGGCUGUGGGUGAUCGUGUGAUUGUGUCCUCUGGAUUUGGCAGUCGACCUGGUAUCUUACGCUAUUUGGGAGAGACACAGUUUGCUCCCGGCAACUGGUGCGGUGUGGAAUUGGAUGAGCCUAGCGGCAAAAACGAUGGAGCUGUGGAUGAUAUAAGAUACUUUGAGUGCAAGCCCAAGUACGGGGUGUUUGUACCUAUUGCGAAGGUUUCGCUGUCGCCGUCGUCCAAGAAAACGCGACUUUCGAGGACCGGAUCAAGGGAGUCGCUCACCUCGAUUGGCACCAUGAACAGCAUCGCCACCACGGCUACGUCGCGCAUGCGCAUGAAUGCUCAGCAGCGCAAGUCGAGCACGCCCGUUAAGCCAAUUUUAGCGACGCCGAAAAGCCAAUUUUCCAUGCAGGAUCUGCUGCGCGAGAAGCAACAACAUGUGGAGCAGCUGAUGGUGGAGCGCGACCUGGACCGCGAGGAUGCCCAGAACCAGGCGCUGCAGCUGCAGAAGAACAUCAACGAGCUGAAAGCAAGAAUCGUUGAAUUGGAGUCGGCACUGGGCGAUGAACGAAAGAAAACUGAAGAGUUGCAGUUCUCCAUAGACGAAGCCCAGUUUUGUGGCGAUGAAAUGAAUGCUCAGUCCCAGGUGUACAAGGAAAAGAUCCAUGAUCUGGAGUCAAAAAUCACACAACUGGUGUCAGCUACGCCAAGUCUACAAAGUAUACCACCUCCCGCUCCGCCCUCAGAUGAUAUGACGUUGAAGGAGGAAAUUGUCAAGUUGCAGGAAAAGAUGGGCAUUCAGCAGAAGGAGAUUGAAUCGCGGAUUGCGGAACAGCUGGAAGAGGAGCAGCGAUUGAGGGAAAAUGUGAAAUACCUACAGGAACAGAACGCCACUCUACAGACGGAGUUGGUGUCCAAAGAUGAGGCCCUGGAGAAAUUCUCCCUCUCGGAGUGUGGUAUCGAGAAUCUCCGGAGGGAACUUGCACUUCUCAAGGAGGAAAACGAAAAGCAAGCUGAGGAGGCUCAGGCUGAUUUCACCCGAAAACUGGCCGAGAAAUCCGAAGAGGUGUUAAGAGUAACCUCUGAACUGCAGAGCUUGAAAGCAGCAACCGAUACCCUGGAAAGCGAAAGGGUUAACAAAACCGAUGAAUGCGACAUUCUUCAAACCGAAGUCCGAAUGCGGGAUGAGCAAAUCAAAGAGCUUGCCCAACAACUUGAUGAGGUUACCACACAACUCAAUGUACAAAAAGCGGAUAGUUCCGCUCUGGAUGAUAUGCUUCGGUUGCAAAAGGAAGGCACUGAAGAAAAGUCGACUCUUUUAGAGAAAACCGAAAAGGAGCUAGUUCAAAUCAAAGAAGAAGCUUCGAAAAACCAACACGAAAAAGAACAACUUGAAAAACAGUUAUCAGAGUUAAAGCAAUUGGCAGAACAGGAAAAACUAGUCAGGGAAAAGACUGAAACUGAAGUCAAUCAAAUAGCAUUAGAAAAAAAAACCGUAGAACAGCAAUUGGCAUUAAAACAAAACGAACUUGAGGAAUUCCAAAAGAAACAGUCAGAAACAGAAGUUUAUCUUCGGGAAAUCAAAGAUAUUAAUACCCAGAAGGAUUUAGAAUUAGUUGAAUCUGGUGAGUCCCUUAAAAAAAUUCAACAGCAAUUAGAGGAGAAAACGCAAGCCCAUGAAAAACUGCACGCUGAUUGGGAAGAGCUAAAGAAAAAUCAAGAGACGAUCAUAAAGCAAAAGGAACAGGAGCUACAGCAAAUCGAAAGCAAGUCUGCUGAAUCCGAAGGUUCUUUAAAGGCCGUACAAGUUCAACUAGAGCAACUUCAGAAACAGGCCACCGCAUCUGGAGAAGAGGGAUCCAAAACUGUAGCAAAAUUGCACGAUGAGAUUAGCCAGCUUAAUUCCCAGGCUGAAGAAACUCAGUCUGAUUUAAGAUCUACGCAAUCGAACUUGGAAGCUAAAACCAAACAAUUGGAGUCUGCAAAUGGCAGCCUAAUAGAGGAAGCCAAGAAGUCCGCCAAUCUGCUGGAACAGAUCAUCAAACUUAAAUCUGAAGUGGAGGAGACGCAGGCAGCACUCAGCUCAUGUCAUACGGAUGUGGAAUCCAAAACUAAGCAACUUGAGGCCGCAAAUGCAGCUUUGGAAAAGGUCAACAAGGACUACGCGGAAUCCCGAGCGGAGGCUUCUCAUCUGCAGGAUCAGGUGAAGGAAAUCACCGAUACGCUGCAUGCUGAGCUUCAAGCUGAACGUUCGUCCUCCAGCGCUCUCCACACUAAGUUGUCCAGGUUCUCGGAUGAAUUAGCUACCGGUCAAAAGGAACUGACGAGCAAGGCCGAUGCUUGGAGCCAGGAGAUGCUGCAAAAAGGGAAAGAGCUGCAGGAGCUGCGACAGCAACUUCAAGAUAGUCAAGACUCGCAAACAAAGCUGAAAGCAGAGGGAGAACGGAAAGAAAAGGCUUUCGAAGAAUCUAAUAAGAAUCUUCAAGAAGAAGUCACUAAGGCCAAGAUGGAGAAUCUAGAGUUAAGCACUAGCACACAGGCGACCAUAAAAGACCUGCAGGAGCGUUUGGAAAUCAACAAUGUGGAGCUUCAGCACAAGGAAAAAAUGGCUUCCGAAGAUGCGCAAAAAAUUGCCGACCUUAAGACCCUUGUGGAAGCCAUCCAGGUGGCUAAUGCCAAUAUAUCAGCUACCAAUGCGGAGCUCUCCACCGUAUUGGAGGUUCUUCAGGCGGAGAAAAGCGAAACGAAUCACAUAUUCGAGCUCUUUGAAAUGGAAGCGGAUAUGAAUUCAGAGCGGCUGAUUGAAAAAGUUACUGGGAUGAAGGAGGAACUAAAGGAAACCCAUCAGCAACUGGAUGAGCGACAAAAAAUGUUCGAGGAGCUCGAAGAGGAAUUCAAGCAAGCUCAGCAAAGUGAACAAAAUUUGCAACAGGAGUCUCUGACUUCUAAGGAGCAACUUACUGAAUUACGACAGUCUGUGCAAGAACUUCAAGAUUCAGUAAAGCAAAAGGAAGAACUUGUCCAGAACCUGGAAGAAAAGCUGAGGGAAACCAGUUCCAUCAUAGAAGGCCAAAGCACUUCCUCUCAGGAAGUACAAGUAAAGCUAGAAGAAGCUCAAAGGAUUGAAAAGAUGCUACUUGAAGAGGGUACCAAAUUGAACGACCAACUGCUGCAGCAGCAAAAGACCCAUGUCGAACUGUCUGAAUCCCUUAGGGAAAAAGAAGAACUUGUACAGAACCUAGAGACAAAAUUAAAAGAAAGCAGUGUUCAGUUGGAAAGCCAAACUUCUUGCUCAAAGGAAACCCAAGAUAAAUUGCUGGAGUCACAGCAGAAGGAGAAAAACUUGCAGGAAGAGGCUGCUAAAUUAUCCGGUGAGCUGCAGCAAGUACAAGACGCCAAUGGAGAAAUAAAGGAUUCGUUAGUAAAAGUGGAGGAACUAGUUAAGGUGUUGGAGGAUAAACUCCAAGCAGCCACCUCCCAGUUAGAGUCCCAGCAAGCGGAAAAUAGGGAACUCCAGGAGUUGCUAGUGAAAUCUCAAGAGAAAGAGGGAAAUUUACAAGGAGAAUCUCUGGCAGUCACAGAGAAACUACAUCAACUGGAGCAAGCAAAUGGGGAGCUUCAGGAGUCUCUAGGUAAAAAGGAGAACAGUCUUAAGGAACUUGAGGGGAAACUUCGAGAAAGUGGUGCUUUAUUACAAAGUCAUCUGAAAAGCCACAACGAACUUCAGGAUAAGUUAGAAGUGGCCCAGCAAAAGGAGAGGCUUCUUCAAGAGGAAACAUCUAAGUUGGCGGAGCAACUGAGCCAAUUAAAGCAGGCUAAUGAGGAGCUCCAGAAAUCCCUUCAGCAAAAACAGUCACUUUUAGAAAAGGGUAAUGAAUUCGACACCCAGCUGGCAGAAUAUCAGAAAGUUAUCGACGAAAUGGAUGAUGCUUCCUCCGUUAAAGCUAAGCUGCUGGAACAGCUUCAAAGUAGAGUUGUGGAACUGGAGGCCGCACUUCAUCAAGCCAACGAGUCCCAAAAGACUGCUUAUUUGGAAACUAAGGAACUGAGGCGCAAGCUAGAGUCGCUGGAACUGGAGAAGUCCAGGGAGAUUUUGAGCCUUAAGUCUCAGAUGAAUGGAGCGAGCAGUCGGUCCGAAAAGGGAGAUGAACUAGAGUCGCUGGACACCGAAACCAGUCUUGCCAAAAUCAACUUCCUGAACUCAAUUAUUGCUGACAUGCAGCAGAAAAAUGAUGCACUCAAGGCUAAGGUGCAGACCCUUGAAACCUUGCCAAUGGAUUUCACCAAACCUCAUGCCUUCGAUGUCCUGACCAAGCGCAAGCCGGCUCCCAGACUUUUCUGCGACAUCUGCGAUGAGUUUGAUCAGCACGAGACAGAAGACUGUCCAAUCCAGGCUAGCGAUGAUCGGGACUACUCCCCACCGCCUUCCGAGUCCAAUAACAACGAGAAGGAACGGAAGCUGCCGGCACCCAGGAAAUACUGUGAUUCCUGCGAGGUUUUUGGCCACGAUACUAGCGAAUGUGCCGAUGAUGAAACCUAUUAGCUCUAGUUAAAUUCUAAAUUAUUAUUUCCAUUUUACUUUGUUUUAGACUCUAUAGCAUAACCAUGUUUUGCAAUAUCCAUCAGAUGAGAUAACUUUUACCUCAGCAGCGCUUCACUCAAUCACACAAAGAACAUUCUCUAUUUCAAAUUGUGAUCUUGCGUUAUGCACACAUUCAUGGAUAGUAGUCUAUUUUAAAUUGUUUUAUUUAUUGAUACGAUUCGUGGCAAACUCACAAUCGAUUGUUUUCGUAAUUUUUGAGUGUAAACAUAGUGUAAAAAAUAAAAUCAAGAACGUGGAAAAAGAA